CAUGAAUGGAUACCUGAACGGUGGGUUGAUUUUGAGAUUUUAUGCAUAAAAUAAAAUUUCAGUUUUGAGUUCUAUUUAUCACGUAGAGAUAGAAAAAAGUUCCUUAGCGGAAUAAAAUUUCAAAUAGAUUUUUAUUUUCAUGUUGGAGAUGGUUCGCGGUUUCAGUUGCUACAUUAGAGUCCAUAAAGCCCUAGCGAGAUCUCAGACUUCUAGGGUUUUUACGCAAUACCGUAGAUAUAUUCAUGGUAGAGAGUUUACAGAGGAAGAGCUUACUAACAAAUCCAAAGAUCAUGUCUUUGAGCCGGAAAAUAACAAAUGUAGCAUGCUCCGCUCACCAAUUUUAUCUGGAAACCCUGAUUGUAAUGCCGAACCAAACCCUACUUUGUGUGCUCAUUUGGUGGAAAGAAAUGAUUUUGAUGAAACUGAACCGAGGGAAGAUGGUGAAGAGAUAAGUGGUGGAGGGUAUAAAAAUUUGGAUGUUUCUGAUGAUGAUGAAGAAUGGGAUGAUGAAGGAGAGGGUGAUGAUGAGGAUGAUUUUAGGGUUUUAGAUUUGUUUGAUAGGAAUAAGCAGCCAAAAGAAGGUACUAAGAGAGUGGAAGAAGUGGAAGAGGAUGUAUUUAGACACCCUUUGGUUAGAGAGAUUUGUAGAUUAAUUGACCGUCGAUCAGCAUGGAAUCCGAAGUUGGAGGGGGACCUGAGGCACCUAUUAAGAAGCCUCAAACCCCGGCAUGUUUGUGCGGUUCUUCGCUCUCAGGCUGAUGAGCGGGUUGCUCUGAAUUUCUUCUAUUGGGCAGACCGACAAUGGAGGUACCGCCAUGAUACAGAGGUAUACUAUGCAAUGCUUGAGGUACUCAGCAAGACCAAGCUGUGCCAGGGUGCAAAAAGGAUUCUACGGCUUAUGGCUCGAAGGGGGAUUGAGCGCCGGCCUGAAGCUUUUGGGUAUGUGAUGGUGUCAUACAGUCGGGCAGGCAAGUUGAGGAGCGCAAUGCGGGUAUUGAAUCUAAUGCAGAAAGCAGGAUGUGAGCCUGAUUCAUCUAUCUGUAAUACUGCAAUUCAUGUUCUUGUGAUGGCAAAUCRAUUGGAGAAAGCAUUGAGGUUCCUGGAUCGGAUGCAACGUGUUGGAAUCACACCUAAUGUUGUCACAUAUAACUGCUUGAUCAAGGGAUUUUGUGAUGUCCAUCGUGUUGAAGAUGCCCUGGAGUUGAUUGAUGAAAUGCCUCACAAGGGAUGCUCCCCGGACAAGAUUAGUUACUACACUGUUAUGUGUUACUUUUGCAAAGAGAAAAGGACUAAAGAAGUAAAGGCCUUGUUGGAGAAGAUGACGAAGGAUGGGAGUUUGUUACCGGACCAGGUUACAUAUAACACUCUGAUCCAUAUGCUUUCAAAGCAUGGUCAUGGAGAUGAUGCCCUUAUUUUCUUACGGGAGGCUGAGCAGGAAGGAUUUCGGGUGGAUAAGGUGGGGUAUAGUGCAGUUGUCCACUCAUUCUGUCAAGAAGGUAGGAUGGACAGGGCAAAAGAGAUUGUGAACGAAAUGUUCUUAAAAGGUUGCAUCCCUGAUGUGGUGACUUACACUGCCAUCAUCAAUGGGUUCUGUCGAAUAGGUAAGGUGGAUCAAGCCAAGAAGAUGCUUGAUCAAAUGUACAAACAUGGUUGCAAACCAAACACUGUAUCGCACACUACAUUGUUAAAUGGACUUUGUCGUUCUGGGAAUUCAUUCGAGGCAAGACAGAUGAUGAACAUGAGUGAGGAGGAAUGGUGGACCCCAAAUGCCAUCACUUACAGUGUUGUAAUGCAUGGGCUUCGUAGGGAAGGGAAGUUGGUUGAGGCCUAUGAUUUGGUCAGAGAGAUGAUUGAAAAGGGAUUUUUCCCAACCUCUAUUGAAAUUAAUUUAUUGAUCCAAUCUUUCUGCAGAGAGGGGAAGGCAGGUGAGGCCAAGAAAUUCCUGGAGGAGUGUCUGAGCAAGGGAUGCGCUGUUAAUGUUGUAAACUUUACGACUGUAAUUCAUGGAUUUUGUCAAGAAGAUAACUUGGAAGCUGCUCUCUCCUUGCUUGAUGACAUGUAUCUUAUUAAUAAACACCCUGAUGUGGUCACAUAUACGACAGUGAUUGAUUCAUUGGGAAAGAAAGGUAGACUAGAAGAGGCAACUGAGCUUACUAAGAAAAUGCUUAAUAGAGGCUUGGUUCCUUCACCUGUUACAUACCGAACAGUUAUCCAUCGUUACUGCCAAAAGGGUAGGGUGGAAGAUUUAUUGAAGUUGUUAGAAAAGAUGCUUUCAAGGCAGGAGUUCAGGACAGCAUAUAAUCAAGUUAUUGAGAAGCUUUGUACUUUUGGGAACCUAGAUGAGGCUUAUAAGCUAUUGGGCAAAGUUCUGAGAACAGCUUCAAGAAUUGAUGCUGGUACAUGUCACAUGCUUAUGGAGAGUUAUUUGGAAAAAGGAACUCCUCUCUUGUCAUAUAAAGUGGCUUGUCGAAUGUUUAAUAGAAAUUUGAUUCCUGAUUUGAAGUUAUGCAAGAAGGUGAGAGAGAGACUGAUUUCGGAGGGAAACUCAAAAGAGGCAGAUAGACUUAUGAUACUUUUUGUUGAACGAGGGCUUCUUUCACCUCAGUAUCAGUAACAUUUGGGAGUCAGAUCAAUCACUAGUACAUGGUCUCCCUCCAUAACCCUAUGUUUCUUUCAGGAUGGAAGUUGGAGCUAAUGAUAUAAUUCAUGAUUUAAAGUUAUGCAAGAAGGUGAGAGACUGAUUUCGGAGGGAAACUCAAAAGAGGCAGAUAGACUUAUGAUACUUUUUGUUGAACGAGGGCUUCUUUCACCUCAGUAUCAGUAACAUUUGGGAGUCAGAUCAAUCACUAGUACAUGGUCUCCCUCCAUAACCCUAUGUUUCUUUCAGGAUGGAAGUUGGAGCUAAUGAUAUAAUUCAUGAUUUACAGAACAUAAAUCUUGGAAUUGGAAUGUCAUGCCUGAUCCCAGUCUCAAGGUUUCAUGCAUGUAGACCAACUAUUGGGAGUCCAGCUGCAAACUUUUUUCUCUUUGGUUUCUCAGAAACGGAAGUUGGAAGUUGUAACUGUGAUUAGGCUUUUGAUUGCAUAGCAGCAGGCCAGGGGACAUUAGUUUGUGAUGGAGGUAGGGGUGCAACUUGGGUUGGGAAUUUGUUAAAUUUGUUGAUGGGCCUAACCCAAUCCUGAGCCAGAUACAGUUGAAAUUCUUUGAACUGGACAAUCUGACUUGCAUUCCUGGAUGGAGGAGAUUUCUUAGUGGUGUGGAAAUGUGCAUGUAGCAUCUUCCAUAAACCUCUUUUCUAGAGGCUGAAGCAAUCUUGUUGAAUAUCCACUUGACGAAGGGGUGUUAUAAAAUUGGUGACUGCAAAUGGCCCCAAGGAAGUGAUCAAUGUAUUAAAAAUGGGGGCAGCCAUCCAACCGAGGAGAGUGCACUUACCAUUAAAGGAGUAGGUGCUGGACAACCCAACGACUGAAAGCGAUUUUACUGGCGGUUACAAAUUUUUUGAGUGGAUGAUUCCUCGAGGUUGGUCAAAUGAAGUUAUAUUGGAAAAUAGUCAUGGCGAUGUUGUGGAACGCCUUGGAAAUGUGGAGAAAAUAGUCGAUGUUUGCAUAUGGCAGAUUGAGUCCAUGAAAUCAGUCUAUGAGUUAGCUAUUGAAGGGAUGACUACAGCUAGGCAACUUGUUUUUCUUCUUUUUGUUAUUAUUCUCCUCACACUGGUCUUAUGGAAAUCGUUUAUCAUAAGUGGUGAAUACGUUAGUUCAGUGUUUUUACGAUUGUGUUAAAAGACUCCCCCCCAUUCAUUUUCAUCUUGGUGAACCAUUUUGGCAU